UUCAAUCAGCAGAGAAAGGAAAGAGUGAGAGAGGAAAAAGCACGCUAUAAAUCUGCACUGCCUCUGGAGUCCCUUCCCAGUGGGAACUGGAAAGAUCCCAGCCCUGAUGUCGGGACCCUGUGCACACCUGUGGCAGCACUGCUGACUGCCAUCAAGACAAGGAGGAUAUUUUUCUGCAACAGUUUCCUUUCUUGUAAACCAGGCCUUUGUGGUACCGGAGGAAAGCAGUGGUCAGACAGAAUGGCUCCAGUGAACCAGCCCAAGGACAAGAAGCAUGAGAAGACAUAUUGGUCAGAAGAGGCAAAAUCAGCUGGGAAAAGGAAACUGGACUACGAAGGACUGGAGAAUGUACCACUAGCAAAGAAAUUGUUUCUGAGGAAAACAUCCAAAGCCCAAGAGAAAAUUGGUUGGAAUAGAGGUGGGACUGUGAUGAAAAAUACCAGAGCCUUUUUCCAUCAGCCAAAAUGGCAGUGCAGCAUUGUUCAUUAUGUCUACCAGAACAUGCUGGGAGGCUCCAUCCGGGCACAGCUCAGGCAGUGUCUACAGCUGCCCUUUCUGCGUUCUCUGACCUCAUACCGCCUGUUUCGAACAGCGAGUCCCUUUGACAGGAGAGUGACUUGCCUGGAGUGGCAUCCAACACACCCCAGUACUGUAGCUGUUGGUUCCAAAGGUGGAGACAUCAUUCUUUGGGACUAUGAAGUACUUACUAAAACCUGCUUCAUAAAAGGGAAAGGGCCAGGAGAUUCUCUUGGAGACAUCAAGUUCAGUCCUUAUGAGGCAGUGAAGCUUUAUGUGGCAUCGGGGGAUGGCACCCUAAGUCUGCAGGAUCUUGAGGGCAGAGCGGUGCAGGUGAUCUCCCGUGUCCUGGACUGUGGCCAUGAGAACCAUAACGUUUGUUGCUGGUACUGCAGUGUUGAUGUUUCUGCAAGCUGCCGUACUGUGGUGACAGGUGAUAAUUUGGGCAAUGUGGUCCUGCUCAGCACUUCUGGUGAAGAGAUUUGGAGGCUGAAACUGCACAAGAAGAAAGUGACUCAUGUGGAGUUUAACUCUCGAUGUGAGUGGUUAUUGGCCACAGCAUCUGUGGAUCAGACAGUUAAAAUCUGGGACCUCAGAAACAUUAAAGACAAAGCAAAUUUUCUUCACGUACUUCCUCAUGACAAACCUGUCAAUGCAGCUUACUUCAGCCCAACAGAUGGUGCCAAGCUGCUGAGCACAGACCAGCGCAAUGAAAUCAGGGUUUACUCAUGUUCAGACUGGACCAAGCCUCAGCAUCUGAUCCCACACCCACAUCGGCAAUUCCAGCACCUCACACCUAUUAAGGCAACAUGGCAUCCUCGCUAUGAUCUCAUUGUAGUGGGUCGCUAUCCGGACCCGAAGUUCCCAGGCUACACAGUGAAUGAGCUGAGAACUGUUGAUAUAUUUGAUGGAAACACCGGGGAGAUGGUUUGUCAGCUCUAUGAUCCGAAUGCAUCUGGUAUAAUCUCGCUGAAUAAAUUUAACCCUAUGGGAGACACACUAGCCUCUGGCAUGGGCUUUAAUAUUCUGAUCUGGAGCCGGGAGGAGAUGGUGAUGAAGAAGCAAGAACAUCUUUUGAAAGCCAUGACUGAGCAGGGGGUCGGGAGCCGGAGUUUGUCCAGACGUGGAGGGCAGAGACAGGCAAACCCUGGGACAAGCAAACUCAAAGCUAAGUUAUUGUCUUGGGAAGUGGAAGAGAUGGGAACAAAACCCAAAGAUGCUAAAUCACGGGGAAGGAAGUGAAAAGGGAUCUAUAUAACUGAUAGAGUAUUUUGAUCCUUUUUUGAUCAUAGAAAACAAAUUCAGUGAUGGCAGUGGGCAGAAUAGGCACUGCAGGGCAUUAGCCUUCUACUUUGUCCUUCCUCUCUAGAUCUGAUCUUGCUUCUGUGAUUCUCUGCUUCUCCUUCUAGAGAGUUGCCAGUGGAGUUACCACUUAAUUUCUGAGGCACUUCAGAGUUUCUAAGGAAAAUUCAGAGAUGUUUUCAGAUCCUGCUGAAGUUACUGCUUCCAGCCUGCUUGUUAUCAUUAACAGUGUGAUAACAGGAUAUUAUCUCCUGUAGUCUGCUGUGGAGCAGCUCGUGAUGAGGUCUCCAGACUGUUUUAGUCAAAUUGAGCUGAGGAAACCUUUGUUAGCAAGAUUCAUGUCUUGAAAGGUAGAAUGUUCACAAGGGUGAGGUGAUGGAUAGCUUGAGUGAGUUAAGGAAACACCAGCCUUUCCCAUCUGCAAGCUUCUUGCAGCAUGUGCUGUCAAAAACCUCAGGCUAAGUCUAUUCUGCACCUGCAGCUAUUUAACUAGACCAUGAAGAACAUUAUGAUGCCAUACCUCUUUAUCUGCCUUGUGGGAUGCAUAGGCAAUAUAGAGCUAAGAACCUACUGUUUCUUUGUCUUCAGAACUCUAGGCAUUUUUUUGCUACCAGUUAAGUAUUUUUUUUCACCCAUGCCAGUGUGCCUCAGAAUGUUGGGUGUGUUGUUAAGCAGAAACGAGGGAUUUCUUUCAGAUGCCCCUUUUCAGAGUCAGACCUCACAACUGCUGUUAAACUGAAAAAAUCUGCUUUUUUCUGGUUUGUUUAUAAAGCUGUCUGGGAGCCUUGCUCCAGAAGUUGAUGAGCAGGCUUUAGACCUGCUGAGAUUCCCUGUGUUCACUUAAUAGUUUUACAGCUUUGAUAUAAAUAAAAGUUUUGUACUAAACUGAAGUACUUCUCUGAUAUAAAAUGGGCGCUCUGACUAUUCUGCUGAACUGUUUUUAUCUGGGAGGUUAGAAGGUAUUAAUCUUUCUGCUGGAGGACUAUGAGAACUAGAACUGAUUUUUCUGUCUGUCAUAAUGCCGUAUCUGCAACAGACCUUUCCCAGUUGGACAGGCUGCGUUAUAAGCUGUACAUAUGCAUUGUUGCUACCAGCCAAACAACUUUGUUUCAAUUCUCACUUUGCUCUAGUAAACAAGGAAUUUACCUUGGAAGGGGAUAUACUAAGUUAUCCCUGUUUUCUAACGGUGAGCUGGGUUUAACCCUGUGAAAUCUUAAAGAGGAAGAAUAAAGUUCAGUGUGAAUUUGAUUUUAAUGACGAAAAGGAAAUGUACUGAAACAAUUACAGAAAGUCAUUCACAGUCAGAAUGUCAUUAUCAUCAUGGAAACCUUUUUUCUGCAUGUGCAAAAUUUGCUGUCUUUAAAAAUAACAGGUCUGGUCCCUUAAAUGCACUUUCUAUUACCUCUUUUUUUUUUUUUUUUGUGCCUGUUCACACAGGCUUUUGCUUUAUGACUGCCUCACUGUGCAGCAAACCUAGAUUACAUCUUCAGAGGACAAAAAGGUGAGGAAGAUGCUGAGAACAGCAAGCUGCUACUGCUGAUUCAGAGUUCCCAUGCUGGCAGAUGUCAAUUAUGGUGUGGGGAAAAGUCCCAAAGAAAUGUCGUUAGCCUAAGCACUCGCUUCUGCCGCCACGAAGGAAAGGGAACUGCAGCAGAAAAGGAACUAAAACUGGGAAGUGAAUGUGCAGCAUCACCAUGUGAAGAGCCUGUGCUGGUGCCUGCCACAGUCUCUCAUCUUCUGCCAGAAGCUGUGAGGCAGGUGGUGAGCACUUGGCAGUUGCAGUGUGCAGAGAGGCCCACAGCUUCCAUCCAGCUUGCCUGGAGAAAUGAUCACACUUCAGACAGAAAGCCAAAGCAUGGCAGAUGAAGGGAUCCACAGUUACCUGCAAAGUCUGAUCCUUAUGAUUUGAUUUCAUUUUUUUUCCUCUGAAUGAGGUGGUCCAGUAGGGGAUACAGGAAACAAAAACAACAACAAAAAACCAACCAAACAAAAAAAGAACAACAACAACAAAAAACAAUACAGGAGUUGGCAUUUAUUCUAAUCUUGAAGCUCUUUGCUCAAGAUCAUAUGGAUGUGGAUCAUAUGUAACUUUGAACCAAAUACCAAAAAAACUACUGCCAGGUUUGCAGUUCUGUCCUGAUCCCAGGCCAGUUCUUUUCUCUUGAGCUGCAAUGUGAGGAGGGGAAGAACUGACUAGCAACAACUACUUAGCAGCCUCAGGAACCACUUGUCACUAUCUGCCAUCAUCUGCAGCAGCUUCCUCUGUGUGACCAGCUGCCGCCACUGCACACGGUGAUCUGGGCCUUCUACUCCAAGCCCAGCUUUCCCACCAGCAUCAGUCCAAAGGCUUGAGAGAAAAGCACACAAAGCAGGUUGUGUGGAAAGAGAAGCAAUUUUUGAUUGUCCUAGAUGUGGCACCUUCUGGAGAAACAAGCGCCUCUGCUACAGUCAUGAUGAGUGGUUACAUUUACAAUCACUGAAAGGAGGAAAAUUCUUCAUGAGCUUCAACUGGCCAUGGUGGGAAUCCCAGACAAGUUGUAUGAGGACUGGGGCACCACACAGUAGAGUGGCUUCUCAGAAUUAAAAUGUCCGCUUCCAUUAGAUUAGGUUAAUCCUCUCUCUGGGCAUCUCAUUAGAAAGCAUCCAAAAAUCACAGUCCAGCUUCGUUCUGGGAAGCAACGGCCAAAGCAGAAUACUCAGUAACUGAAGAUGCCCAAUCAUCCUUAGGGGCAACACUGCUCCCUCCUAUUGCCUGGGAAGGAGUUGAAGCAACUGUCAGGCCUGCUCUUCUCCCUCAUUGGAAACGUGCCGGUAGCCAGGGGGCUGAGACUGAAUGCGAAGGAGUACGGUCAAGAGGAGGAUUAUAAGGAGAAGGAGAAUGGAUCCACACACAGCCAGACCCACAAACAGUCCUGCAAUGGAGAAAAUAAGCAGUCAGUAUAAUACCAAGCUUUCCCUGUCUGCCACUAUCUGGUCCAGCUUAGGCUCACCUGUGUCACGCAUACUGCUUGCUACCUGACAUUCUUGCUCCCAGUCCUGAGGAACAACAGGAUCUGUGAGUUCCAAGAAUCUUUGCAAUGGACAUAUUUGCUGACAGCCAGGAAUUGUCAGCGGGAAAGGUUCCUUUCCGCUCUCAUUCCGGAAAAACAUUUCCACAGAGAAAUUACUGAAAAAAAACCCACAGAAAAUAGGUGUUUUCUUUUUUUCCAUCCAGCUGAAGUCAUCCCUUCCCAAAAAGCUCUUAGUGUGCACACCGUUUCCUUUAGUCUGGUGGUUGUUUUCUUCCUAAGAGUUUGCCACUAGGACCAAGAUUGCAUCCCCCUAGGUUACACCUAGCCUAUGUAUCUAACCCUUGAGGUGAAAUCACAGCAGACAUCUUUACUGCAGCCCUCACCCAUCAUCCUCUUGGUACAGCUCAAAUAAAUGACAUGAGGCGUA